AUGAGCUCCCUCCACCGAAAUUACAUGCAACAAUGCAUCGGCCUCGCCGAAAAGUCCCCCCCGCGACCGACCAACUUCCGAGUCGGCGCCGUCCUCAUAUCCCGCAAAGACGGCGAUCUGUGGGCGGAGGACGACCGCGUCCUCUCGACUGGUUACACCAUGGAGCUGGAUGGCAACACGCACGCAGAACAGUGCUGCCUAUCCAAUUACGCCGCCGCGCAUUCGGUCCCAGAUGACCGCGUGCACGAAGUCCUGCCCUCCGAACCGGGCCGCAAACUAGUCAUGUACGUGACCAUGGAGCCGUGCGCGAAACGACUGUCGGGGAACGCGCCCUGCGUGCAACGGAUCAUCCAGACGAAGGAGGGCGGGCGCAAUGGCAUCCAGAAGGUCUACUUUGGCGUGAAGGAGCCGGGCACCUUUGUCGGACAAUCGGAGGGGUGUCAGCGGCUGACGGAGGCGGGGAUUGAAUGGCACGUCGUCCAGGGGUUCGAGAGGAGGAUUUUAGAGGUGGCGGUGGCUGGACAUGAGAAUCGCGACGAGGAGGUCAAGUCGGCGUUGGAUCAGGUCGAGACGAGACUGGAUGACGUCAGUGACGACGAGCGCGAGAGACAGAGGCAGAUGCCCCGGAAUCCGAAGAAGCGAAUGAUGUAG